GCUUUCCAUACACUUAUUUCAUUUUUCUCUUUCUGUCAAAACUUAGACUUAUCCCGACAACUAUCCCCGCGUGGCCGCCGCCAAUGGCGUCUCUGCUCCGCCUCCAGGCCCUCUUCUCCCUUACGCUGGCCACUCCCCGCCGUCUCCCAUCCCAUCUCCGCUGUGCCGCAGCAGUUGCGUCUCCGCUCCCUCGCCGCCUCCCUGCUGCCGCCUCGAACGGCUCGCCGGAGCAGCGGGCCUCGGAAACGGAUUUGGAGUCGGGGUUGUAUCUAGUGGCGACACCCAUAGGGAACCUCGAGGAUAUCACCUUGAGGGCAUUGCGUGUUCUGAAAUGUGCUCAUGUGAUACUCUCUGAAGACACAAGGCAUUCUGGAAAGUUACUUCAGCAUUACAACAUCAAAACACCUCUUCUCAGCUUCCAUAAGUUCAACGAACGAGAGAGAGAGCCCAUUAUCUUAAAGAGGCUCCAUGAAGGGGAAGCAAUUGCAGUGAUUAGUGAUGCUGGUACUCCAGGCAUCAGUGACCCUGGCAUGGAGCUGGCUAGACUAUGCGCGACUGAAAAAAUCCCUGUUAUUCCCAUUCCUGGGCCUUCUGCAGCAAUUGCCGCUCUUUCUGCAUCGGGUUUGCCAACAGAGGAAUUCACAUUUGUGGGUUUCUUACCAAAGCAUGGUCGAUCAAGAAAAGCCAGGCUUGAGGUAUCUGCUCGUGAGGCUGUGACACAAAUAUUCUAUGUUCCUCCUCAUGGAAUUCAUCAGUUUCUUCUUGAUGCUGCUUCAUCUUUUGGCGAUUCAAGGUACAGGUCAUGUGUUAUUGCAAGGGAGAUUACCAAAUUGCAUGAAGAGUUUUGGCGAGGAACCCUAGGCGAAGCAAAUGAAGCCUUUGCAUCUCGACAGCCAAAGGGAGAAAUCACCAUCCUCAUAGAUGGGAACUCAGUUUCAAUUGAUGAAACACCAUCUGAUGAUUUUCUUGAGCAUGAACUCAGAGAAUUGAUGGCAAAAGGGCAUGCUCUUUCAACGGCGGUGAAAUUGGUGGCCGAAGCUACAUCAGCAAAGAAGAAAGAUGUUUAUGCACUAGCACUGAGGGUGUUUGGAAAAUGACUAAAAUGCAAUCCAUUUGCUCACAUCUGGGCAUGCUAACAUCUUCACCAUGGUACUUUCUAGACCAUAUUCCAAUUAUUAUCAUUUUGUUUGAACAUGUUGGGUAGCAUAUUGCUCUUGUGCAUCUACAGUGCGGAGCCAUAUUAGGAAUGUCCAUGGUCGAUGUUUGCUUCAACAUGGGAAUGUCAGCUAUUUCGUAAGAUUGCUGGAGAACUAUAUCACUUUUUGUCGUUGGUUCUUCCCAGUACGGUGCUCAUAUGGAACAGCCAUAUUUACCAUUCAAAUAUUUUCUCGGCCAUACAGCAUGGUCAAGAGGUUGCGGCCCAUCAAAGUAGCCCGUUUCAUCGAUUGAGAAUCAGCUAGAGAUGUAUUGGAAAUUUGUAAUUUUUGAAGUUGGCUUUCCUCCUUUUCUAAUUGCUAUAGUUUGGUGUCAAAGUAUGGUUGAUCCGUAAA